GCUAUAUAGGCUUUUCUUGCUCCGAGUAACGCAUCUUAGUUUUUUUCAUAUCACUUCCGCGUUUUCUGUAUCCUCAAGAAAAGGUUAUCUCGUCCAAAACAUUUAAGGACUCAAGCGUUGCUUCUGACAUGGCUAUCGUAAAGAGCGGUUGGCUCCACAGACAAAGCUCCAUCCUUCGCCGCUGGAAAAGAAACUGGUUUGACUUAUGGGUGGACGGCCGCCUGGUGUUCUACAACGACCAGCAGCGGCGUGACAUGGAGGAUGACAUCCACAUGAGAGUCCACUGCAUUAACAUCCGUAGCUCCGCCGCUUGUCAGGAGCUAAACCCUCCAGAUGGGAAAACACGUGAUGCCUUGUUCCAGAUAGUGUGCAGAGAUGGACGGGUCAUCAGCUUGUGUGCAGACAGUGCAGAUGAUGCCUUAGCUUGGACCAUGGCUCUGCAGGACGCCAGAAUUAAUACGGUGGCAGCUGCUCCUCAGAUCGGCUUUGCGCAGGAAGUCGUGGCAUCAGCUCCUCCCCCGUACUCGGAAUAUGCCCAACCACAGGUUUAUGCCCCAGGACCAUAUGGAGAUUACACCGCUCAACCUGCUCAUCCCACUCAGAUUAUGUACUCUGGGGACGGGCAGCCCUACGCUGUAGCUUAUCCAUAUCACUACCAAGGUGGGUACGCGGCCCCCGGAGUGAACCACGUCAUUAUUCAGGAGCGGCAGCGUGACGACGCAGGGGACGUGGCUCUGGGCAUGCUGGCCGGAGCAGCCACUGGCCUGGCGCUCGGCUCUCUCUUCUCCGUCUUCUAACCUGCGCUGCUUCACUAACUGUAUCUGCUGUAUGAGCUCCUGUCGAAUGAGGCGUGUCUGUUGGUCCUCAUGACGCAGACAUGGCUGUGAUAGACGGAGCGAACACUUUUAGCAAACUCCCAGGCAGUGUUGUUCCUUUGUGAUGUGUGCGUAGAAAUAUCUCCUAACCAAAACAGUAACUAUUAUCCUUUAAAGGUUAUUUAAAGAGGAUUCAUUAUGUGCACAUCAUUUUUUUCUGUUGUAACGUUUGUUUACUUUUUCCUUCAGUUUGAGUCCCAGAUCUGCCGUGUUUCUGAUUUGUUUCUGCUUUAUUCAGGUUGAUUUAGAAUUGGUGUUAACACCGGACACACCGAGGCAAUAAAUACUUCAAUCGUAGCGUCUUUAGGAAAAAUUAUAAAAUAUAUGCAUUCAAAGCUCAAAGGGACACGCCUUUUCUAUAAUCUUCCAUUUUAACUCAUCGGCAGCUGUUGAAUUGUACUUCCUGUUUGGAUUUGUUUGUAUUGAUGAUUUAAUCUUUUAUUUCUUGAAGCACAUAUAGUUAGCACAUUAGCCUCCAGUGAAGUUUCAGUUAUUUACUUAAAAAAACAAAAACUUACGUGAAUAUAUAUUCAGUUUCAUCUCCAUGCACAGCGUUUCACCUGACAUUUUAUUUCCUUAUAAGAAAUGUAAAAGAAAUACUUUCUCCUAUUAACACUGAAGUCACUUUUCUCCUUUAUGGAUAAAAUAUUUAAAGGUGUGAAAUAAUCUGAUUCACUUUUAUCAAUUAAAUCAAGAUGUUAAUGAUGUAUUUUAACAAAUAAAUAUAUGCAGAAGAUAACGGAGAGCUUUGUUUUUGCGUUGUUUUUAUUAAACCCUGAGUCUUGUUCACAGAACACGAGAUGCAAGAAAUGACCUCAGAUUUUAACAGCGUCUAAAAACACUGAAUUUUGACCACAAAAGUCACCUAAUAAACAUAUAAACCAACUGCAAUAGACACAGUAAUAAAAGGUUACACAAACAGAACUCAAAGU